AUGUUGUCGACUUUGAAGGCUCUUUGGGAGAAUGGGGAGAAAAACGACGCUGCUCAAGAAUCGCUACUUCAGUUCGCACUGAUGUCACUUCGCGCACUAUGCAUCCAGAAAGCCGAUCCGGAGGCCGAAAAAUCGAUGGGCAUCAAGAUUGUGCAACUACUUCUGCACGAUUUGAAAUUUCAAGCAAUCAACAACCACGAUGAUCUUUAUAGAAUAUACGAAAUAAUUUUUGAGAGAGGUCAAACUAUGCCGCUGAGCGAGUACUACAGGAGGGCGUACGAAGAAGGCAUGCUCCGACGCAACAAGAAGUUCUACAUUGGUUGGAUCAACGCGUGCAAUGCCGAAGAAAACCUAAAGAUAAAACGAGAAGCAAUCGCCAAGGCUCGAGAGAACAUUCCGGACAUUGACAAAGACCAGACAUUCAGCGCACUUGCAAAUGUCUCCGAAUUGGACAACACAUGUGCUAUAUUCAAACGACGCUCAACAGUUGCCGCCCUGAGAGCUCGAAAAAUUCCAAAUGUUAUUAUAACCGGCCAACGACAGAAGAUGAUGGUACCAGAAGCUGUCCUCAACGGAAAUUCAAACGAGGAAUUGCUUGUUGCCAAGCUUUCGGAUCUCUACAGGGACGACGACAUGGACAUUAGCGUUAUCGAAGAUGCUGAACCAAUUGGCGCUUUGAUGAACUCGAAGAAGAUUAAUGUGGAGAUGUCAAAGUUGCCUCGUCCGUCACUUUGCUUUGCUCAAACCAACCCAACAAUCAACGACUUGUCGCCAAUCGUCGAAGAUCAGGAUCAUGAGAAUUCUACAAACGGCUGCCCAAAGGCACCACGUUUAGUUACGGCAAGACCUUUAACUGAGGACCCUUCUCCAGCUCGUGCACCAUCAGGCUCAAAGAAGAAUCGCGUCGAACCCGAACCGGAAAUUGCAUAUGGAAGCCAAUCGCCGGGACUCUCUUUCACCACGAAGAUCACGCGAGAGGCGCAAAACAUCUUCUCGGAAACGGUCACCUUCCAAGGCUCGCGAGGAAAAGAACUUGACUUUGACGCUGAACAAAAGGUGGUCGAACCGACCGAAAAUGCUCAAUUUGAGGUAUUCUGUGAUCAAGAAAAGACGUACGUAGAGCCAGCCCCAGUAAAGAACGAGCAACCGGUCGAUCAUCGGAAGCCUUUCGCUCAGUUAAACCCUGCGGCCAACAUGACGUUCGAUAUAAAUGAGCCGACCGUUGCCGGAACUUGGAAAAUGGGCUCAACCGGCCAGAAAAUCUUCACUUCGUCACCGUUGCUCGCAAAGAAUCAGCACUUGUCGGACACGAUGUUUCUCGAGUUGGCGUUAAAUGCAAGUAAAGAAAAGCCCGAGGAGCAACUCGAUGAUGCAACCAAAGUUUUGGCUCACUUAUCGGCUGAACAAGAUUUUGACGAAGAAGCGAAAGAUAAAUGGCCAGGCAUGACAAUGGGCGCCUCUACUUUUGCGAAACGCCGCUCAUUCUUCACCGGACGGAGCUCGCUGAAAGGCACCGCUGCGAUGCCUGCCGCUCCUACAAAACAAGAAGUUCGGAUUGUGAAUACGGAUGAGGUUUCGCCGAUGGUUGAUCUCGACUCGACUGGAAUUGGAUUGCCAGAGCAAAAUGUAACGUCGCAGUUGAACCCAUGGUCGCCAGAGUUGCGGAACUCAAUCAUGGCAAAUUUUCAAGAGAUGAAUGUUCAUGAUAUUGCGGAGACUUGCUCGCAGCUGCGAGUCGGAAGCCUCCUGAAAGUGAGUGGAGAAGAAUUCGCUGUGGAUGGACUAUUGGGUGAAGGCGGAUUUGCAAAGGUCUACCGAGCUCGCAAUGAGGAAGGAUUGGCAGUGGCAUUGAAGUACGAAGUUCCAUCGUGUGCCUGGGAAGCCUACAUUUUGCAAGCGGUUCACAAUCGCAUUUCGACGGAGAUAGGUCCCGCCAUCAUGAAAAUCGACGACAUGUACAUCUUCCGGAACGCAUCUCUGAUUGUCAACGAGUAUCUGUCGAUGGGCAACAUGCUGCAAUGCAUUAACAACGUGGCCGGCGAAGUUUCCUACAGUGUUGUGCUCCAUCUCUUCAUUCAACUCGCACGAAUCUUGAAAGAAGUUCACGCUGCCAGAAUCAUCCAUGGAGAUGUGAAGCCAGACAAUGUGAUGUUCAUUGGAAAAUUGCCCGAAGGGUUGUCUCUACACGCCGACGACUUGCUUUCUGCAGAGCCUAUCAUACGUCUCAUCGAUUGGGGCCGAGCAAUUGAUCUCUCUUCCCUGCCGAAUGGAGCUUCCUUCCGUGGUCGCGCCGGAACACAAUGCUUCGAUUGUCCUGAAAUGCUGAAUGAUCGUCCUUGGACUUAUCAAACGGAUUACUUCUCCUUCGCCGCAUCUCUUCAUGUAGGAAUCUUCAAGACGUACGGAAAGGUUGUCGAGGAUACGAAUGGUUUCAUGUUUGAGAAACCACUUCCAAGGCGCCGACCAGAAGCUCCGUACAUUCGUGAAGUCAUCUUUCAAAUGCUCAAUAUUCCAUCGUGCGAAGCCAUUCCCUCAUGGGACAACAUUAUCGAGAAAUUGACUACCGCUUUCAAAUUGACUUUCCGUUCGACACAAUGGGCUGAAGAAGCAAAACGCUACAACGCGGCCAUUGUCAAUUUUAAACCUGGAUGC